AUGUCUGCUACGACCACCACGAUCGCGACCGCUACUCUUGUCGGAAUUCCCUCUACUAUGAAAACUGUUGCUACAGCCACUGAGAACCACUGUGCAACAUGCGGUUCUACUAAAACCGACUCGUUCGAUUCCUCCGAGGCCCAGCUCCGGAUCCAGGAGCUGGAGGGGCAGAUCCAGGACUUAACGCAUCGCGUUGCCUUAGAUGCAAACAAACUCGCCGACUACGAAGACGAAAUCACACGUCUGCGCAAAUCCCAAACUCACACCCAUACCCGCGGAUCCUACGACACACCCCGAAGCAGCGCUUCCCUCCCUCCUUCUUCCUCCCACACCGACAAAUCAACCCUCUCACCAACCCAAAUCCCCGCCACGCCAGACACAGCCUCCCAACCAACAACCUACCACAGUCGCCUCGCAACUCUCACUUCACUCCUCCCCUACCGCCGCGGUAGCUCAACACCAACAACCGCAUCCGCACCUACACCCACAGCCGCCCUUCCAACAACCCCAACCUCCAUCCCACCCAACCCUCUCCCCCAAUCAUCCCCAGCAAGCAGCGACAACGCAGAGCUCCAAGACGCGCUAACGCGCGAGCAAGGGCUCCGCAAAGCCGCCGAGUCCCAGCUCUCGCUAGCAAGCAACGAGCUCGAAGAGCUGACGGUGCAGCUAUUCAGCCAAGCGAACGAAAUGGUCGCGCAAGAGCGAAAAGCGCGCGCAAAGCUCGAGGAGCGCGUUGCUGUGCUUGAGCGCAGGGAUAUCGAGAAGCGGGGCCGGCUGGAGAAGCUGGAGAAGUCCAUCGCGAGGGUGGACAGGUUGAAGGCUUUGGUUAAUUCGUGA